AUGGGUUUUUGUUAUUGGUGUGGUUCUUCAUCAUUGAAGCCAUUGUUGUUGAUGGUUGUUCCUCUUGUAAUGGUUAUGGCACUUACUUUUGCUUUUCUGAAUGGUCCAAGUAAUAAUAAUAAUAAUAAUAAUACCUUGGUGCCACUACUUUGGAGCUCUAUAACUCCUCCUUCUUCUCCUAAUUCUUCUUCUUUAUUCAUCAACAAUAGUGAUGAUAACAAAACUAUGCAUGCCUUUGAUGAUCAUCACAUGUCUUUCUUCAAUAACCUCUCUUACUUCUCUCCUCCACCACUUUCUCUUCCGGAACAAUAUAACCAAACUGAGGUAGUUGAUCAUGACAUCUCAAAAACUUGGGCAAGUUCAGCUCCUUUGAAUGAAUCUUAUGUUGUUCCCCAAAGAAAAUUCAGCAUCUUAGAUAGAACUGAAGCAGGUUUGCUACAAGCUAGAGCUGCUAUUAGAGAUGCAAGAAAUUGGAAUCAAACACUUGAUCAAGACUAUGUUCCAAUAGGUCCAGUCUAUAGGAAUGCCAAAGCAUUUCACAGGAGCUAUUUAGAAAUGGAGAAACAAUUCAAAGUAUUUGUCUAUAAAGAAGGGGAGCCUCCAAUUUUUCAUAAUGGACCAUGCAAAAGCAUAUACUCAAUGGAGGGUAAUUUCAUCCAUGCUAUUGAGAUGAAUGAGCAAUUUCGAACAAGGGAUCCUAAGAAAGCUCAUGUGUUCUUCCUUCCCUUCAGUGUAGUAAUGAUGGUCCGAUUUGUGUACGAGAGGAACUCGCGCGAUUUCGGCCCCAUAAGAACAACUGUAAAGGAUUAUAUCAAUCUCAUUGCUGGAAGAUAUCCUUAUUGGAAUCGAAGCAUUGGUGCUGAUCAUUUCAUGCUUUCUUGCCAUGAUUGGGGGCCAGAGACUUCAUUCUCUAUUCCUUACUUAUACAAGAACUCUAUCCGUGUAUUGUGCAAUGCCAACACCUCUGAAGGAUUCAACCCUACAAAAGAUGUUUCUCUUCCUGAAAUCAAUCUCCAAACAGGUACAAUAGAUGGUUUUCUUGGUGGGCCUUCCGCAUCUAAACGCUCAAUUUUGGCCUUCUUUGCCGGUGGGGUUCAUGGGCCCAUUAGGCCCAUUAUACUUGAGCAUUGGGAGAACAAGGAUGAAGAUAUUCAAGUCCACAAGUACCUUCCAAAGGGGGUUUCCUACUAUGGUAUGCUUAGAAAGAGCAAGUUUUGUCUUUGCCCUAGUGGGUAUGAGGUGGCAAGCCCAAGGGUAGUUGAGGCAAUUUACACAGGUUGUGUUCCUGUGCUUAUUUCUGACCACUAUGUCCCUCCAUUUAGUGAUGUCUUGAAUUGGAAGUCUUUUUCAGUUGAAGUUUCUUCAAGAGACAUUCCAAAAUUGAAGGAGAUUCUAACAAACAUCUCUUCAAGACAAUAUAUAAGGAUGCAAAGGAGAGUGGACAACAUUAGGAGACACUUUGAAGUGCAUUAUCCUCCUAAAAGAUUUGAUGUCUUCCAUAUGAUACUUCAUUCAGUUUGGCUUAGGAGAUUAAACAUUAGAAUUUAUGAUGAUUAA